AUGGCAUUUUUGCGACGACAUUUCCUACGACGAAGUGAAGGUAAGCGUCUCUCCGCCGUAGCAGAUGCACAGCAAAUUGGUGGCAGUACGCGUCAACCGCGACGUCGCCCUGGUGCUGGUCUUUCUGGUCUGUUCAGCCAAGCACGGCAUAGUGCUUUCUUCCCCAGCACGACUACCACAACAACGGUGACUAUCUCGGACGUAAAAGAGACAGAUGAGGUGCAUCGGGACCAGUCGGACACAUCAUCCACUGAUUGGCUCGGUCGCAUUAGCUCAACAACUCCGCAACAGAAACCGCAUAUCUUUGUCGAUUUACGUACAUUUGCCGGUGGUAGUCCUGUAGUUGCAUUAAAAGAAAUUCUAGAUGCGCAGGCAGUAGCAGAUGCGAAAGCCUCGGCAUUUGCUGAGGCCGCCGCUGUCCUGGCCGCAGCAAAGUUGGCCUCAGAAUCAUCCAAUUCCAGCGCACCCAGUUGUGUCAGUGGCAGUGCGAAUGCGAGUGCAACCAGCUGCAGCAAACCACGGACGAGUGCAUCCAACUCACGUGACCACUUUCCGAUUUCGAGUUCUGCUACAACAAUUGCGAAUUCCGCAAUCAGUUCCGACGGGAAUGGCGGCAGUGGGAAUGGAUCAAGGCAACAAUCUAGGGUAAAUAUAUCCACCGACGAACCAGAAUCCGCGCCCGUACCACCCGUGCGACUGCAUUCACUAGGUCGUGGACCUCAACGGCCUCUUCCUCAAACUCCCGGUGGAGACGGUGUCACCGGUGGUCAAGUAUGUGCUCCGAAGCCCGUUAUUGUACGGGGUGGCUUUCGCGCAGAUAAAAACACUGCCUGUUUGAGUGAGGAGGAUGUAACCGGAGUGGCACAUGAUUUGCCCAUCUCAACCAGUGAAUCCACAGCCAGCAGCCCAGGUGGUCGCGUAUUGACCAACGGUCAUGGACAAGAUCACUCAGUUGCACCCUGUCUCCCAGCACGCAGCGGUACCACAUCAUUUUUUGCCGGAUGGUCUAAGUCUGCUGGUAUGAUUCAACAACCGAUGUCAACAUUCGCUGAGUUUCCCCGGACCGGACCGGACUGUAUGCUAUCACAACCGACCCCAGCUCCGGUCAUGUCCGCCUCGACCAUUUCCGCUGAAACACCCACUCCGACUGCCACACCGACGCCUACUCCGAGUCAAACUCCCCAACCUUUCGGCAAUCAGGUACUUAUAAGUCGCGAAGAUUGUGAAUUUCUACGACACGCUCCGUGGUAUCAGGCCUUACUUCCACGAGAAUUGGCUUUUGAAUUGCUAGCUAAGGAAGAGAUUGGCAGUUUUCUUGUACGCAACAGUGCAACUCAUCCGGACUGUUGCGCUUUAUCCGUUCGUGUCCCCGCACAAAACAAUCCAACUGGUAUCACCCAUUAUUUAAUUCAACGCACUGAGAACGGGUUCCGUUUAAAGGGUUUGGACAAGGAAUGGCCUUCACUCCGUGCCCUGAUUACUCAUUUAACGGUCAUCCCAGAAAUGCUUCCUUGUCUUUUACGCAUGCCGGCCCACUCGACCAACCCAGUGUUCACUCAGCUAGACGAACCACGAGGUGAAUUUGAACCCGGACACACAGUGCAACGGGGAUCAGAACACGGUACCCGUUCACAUCGUAUUACUACAGGACCGAUCAAUCUUCAGGCAGUCACCUCACUCCCAUCCCGACCGGUUCCACCAACUCACAUUCACUCNUGUGGUGGAGACGACAAUGGUGAGGCCCUUUGUCGAUACGAUGAGGCCACUUUGAUCGAAGGAGCCAAAUCAAGGAAUGGAACAUGCAACAACGACGUUGAUAAUGCUUUUUCUGCUGACAUUUGGACACGGCCUGCUGCGUCGUCCUCGUUUGAAGAUGAUGGUGAUGAGGCUGAAGACGAGGAUUAUCAACGGUUGUCUGAUUUCUCAUCAAUGAUGGCUGACUUGAAGCCAGCGUCAGACACGCAAGUGACCAGCUGCUGA